AAGGUGCGCACUAUCAGUGACCAGACAAGUUGGAUGUUGACAUAGGAGACUAACGAUUUCCGCCCAAGUAGAGAGCCAAUAUGGAGACGCUAUGCUCAAGGCAGAUGCCCCUUUGUGUUUGUCAUGUCUCCAUUUAUCAUCAGAUUCUUGCAACAAUGAGCUAAACUUUGUAGAGUGAUACAAUAUAAGCCAGCACCAUGAAGUUUGCUGAACAUCUGGGUGCCCACAUCACCCCAGAGUGGCGGAAACAAUAUAUCCAGUAUGAGUAUAUGAAAGAAAUGUUAUAUGAUGCUCAGGAACAAGCUCCAUCCCCAGAAGUAACAGACACUAGUACUAUACAGAGAUAUUUUGCCAGGUUUACAGAAAAGUUUUUCCAGUUUUGUGAAAAAGAGUUAUCAAAGAUCAACACUUUUUUCUUGGAAAAACUAUCAGAAGCAAACAGAAAGUAUGCCAACUUGAAAGCUGAGCUUGAAGUCUUCUUAAAUCAUCACAGUCAACAGAGACACACACAGUUGAGACGAAGGAAAGCUAGCAUGGCCAAUCUACAGUUGUUUAAGGACAAAGAACUGAAAGGCCAGGCCAUGUCAUCCAUGAGAAAACUCCAUGAUUUAAAAUUAGCUUUUUCUGAAUUCUACCUAAGUUUGGUUCUUCUUCAGAAUUACCAAACAUUGAAUUUCACAGGGUUCAGAAAGAUUUUGAAAAAACAUGAUAAGAUGAUGCAAACAACCACCGGCUCUGAAUGGAGGCAGGCUCAUGUUGAGGCUUCAGCAUUUUAUACCAACAAAGAAGUCGACCAUCUCAUUAAAGAUGUAGAACAAAGUGUCACCAGUGAACUUGAAGGUGGGGAUAGGUCAAAAGCCAUGAAAAGACUACGUGUUCCACCACUUGGUGAUGAGCAACAUCCCUGGACCAAUUUCAAAAUGGGUCUCUGUCUUGGCAUGUUUGCAGUAUUAGUCAUUGUGAUUAUCAUUUCUGCCAUCUAUGUUGACCGAGCAGAGGAUUGGGAGGCAGCUUUGCACAUGUAUCGUGGGUCUUUCUUGGUCAUCUUUGAUCUGUUCCUCCUCGGGGUCAACACAUAUGGAUGGAGGUCAUCAGGAGUCAAUCAUGUUCUUAUUUUUGAAAUUGACCCUAGAAAUCACCUUACCCAUUCUCAGCUUCUUGAGCUUGCAUCAUUUCUUGGAGUCAUCUGGGCUUUGAGUGUCCUGUCCUACUUGUACAGUGAAUAUCUCAGUAUUCCUCCCAUGGCCAUGCCGCUGGCCUUCACAACAUUCCUGAUAGUGGCUCUGAUCAAUCCAUUCAAGAUUUUCUACUAUAGGGCCAGGAUGUGGCUACUGCGAAUUUUAUUUAGAAUAGUCACAGCCCCAUUUCAUCAUGUUGGGUUUGCAGACUUUUGGCUGGCUGACCAACUGAACAGCUUGGUUACUGUUCUUCUAGAUCUAGAAUAUCUCAUCUGUUACUAUUCCUUUGAUGUUAAAUGGCUAGGAGGUGAUCCUGAAAGGGAGAGUGUAUGCAGUAAAAAUGUAUAUGGUAUUAUAGCAAUAGUCUCCAGCUUACCAGCAUGGUUUAGAUUUGCUCAGUGCCUGCGACGUUACAGAGACACCAAACUUGUGUUCCCACACAUUGUUAAUGCUGGGAAAUACUCCACAACAUUUUUUGUAGUUCUCUUCUCUACCCUGUACAAAGUUCAUGUUGAAAUGUAUGGUGAUCACUACCGUCAAGCAUCUGUGUUUUUCUAUCUGUGGAUUGUUUCCGCUGUCAUCAGUUCCUGUUACACCUAUACCUGGGACAUUAAAAUGGAUUGGGGUUUGAUGGAUAAAAAUGCUGGAGACAAUAGAUUCCUCAGAGAGGAAGUUGUCUAUGCCUACAAGGCCUACUAUUAUUUUGCUAUGAUAGAAGAUUUUAUUCUAAGAUUUUUAUGGACAUUGACUGUUUCUGUUGGGGAAGGACUUUUUUAUAACAAUACAGUUUUAAAAACUGUUUUUGCAAGUUUGGAAGUUUUCAGGAGAUUCGUUUGGAACUUUUUCCGUCUAGAGAAUGAACAUUUAAAUAACUGUGGGCAGUUCCGAGCGGUGAGAGACAUAUCAAUAGGACCAAUAGAUUCCAACUUUGAGCAACAGUUAUUGGAUAUUAUGGACAGUGAGAAUGAAACAGAUUGGAGGCUUAACGAUAAGAGAAGACGUGGAUUUAGAAAUAACAAAGAAUCUCGACUGUUCAUUGAUGAAGAUGAUGAAAGGGUGCCUUUAGUGAAUGGAGGUAAAGAACUAAAGAGGAUGUGAACCAAGUCAUUAUAACAUUAAUUACAUUGAGAAAGUUAUCUCUGGUCAAAAUGAAGAAGAAAUGCCAUAUUGUAUUUAUUUAACAAACCAAUAUAUUUGCUUUCAAGAUGAUCAUCAUGCAUACACUUACAAUGCUUUGCAAUUUCUUGUCUUUAUAUUCUCUUUUUGUAUUGUUCUCUGGUCACUUGUAUAUCUACUGUAUAUUAUGAAGAGAUCUUUAUAAACACUGACAAUCAAAACAUUGAUUGAAACAUUUUAUUUAUUCAAGAUUUACUUCUCUGUUAUAGUGUUCAUGUAAUUUCUGGUUUUAUUAUGUACAUUUUUUAAAGUUUUCAAACAUCUUUGAUUAUGUAUUUAAAAUUCUGUUUGACAUAAGCAGCACACAUUAAUAUUGAUGUAGAAAUGUUCAAUGUUAAAGUGUUUUAUUAGUUACAAUUUUUUUUUUCUAUGGAAACAAAGUUGUUGUUUUUUCUAAAGAAAGUGUUGCUGUGUUCAAGAAAUUCAAAAUAAGUUCUUUCAAAUUUAAUGUAAAUAAAUUAUUUAAUGUUCAAUAUUUAAAAAUUGUUUAUGUUUAA